UUCCAGUACUACCCCGAGGCUACGGGCGAGCUCAAGAACUUCAGUUUCGACGACGGCCAGUACUACGUGGACCAGCACUACCGCAUGUGCCUCCUCGCCCCCCCCGGCACCUGCUCCGUCACCUUCUCGGCGCCGGCGGGGUCCUUCAUGCUCGAGAAGUACGGCAACAUCGACGAGGUGCCGUACAACAUGUCCGGCAUGAGCUCCCUCUACUGCGUCCGCGACUACCUCCGGAUUCCCGACGGAUCGGCUGACGGAGGCGCACACACGUCCUCCCACGACAGGUAUUGCGGCGGACACCUCGCCUCCACGCACGGGGCCGCGGCGCCCAGCCCUGUUACAAGUCGAGUGAUCAGCAAAAUCGUGGCGGUGGAGUUUCACGCGGGAAUUCCGCACAAAUUCAUGGCCAUUUCCCACGGACCCGGCUUCAGGGUCGCCUACCAACACAACCACUGCGCGGCCACGGAUACCUUUAAUCAGGUGAAGAUUCAAGACAGCCGGCGGUCUCGUCCCUCGCUGGUCCUGCCUCCUCCGCCCAUUCUUAAGGUCGGCGGAGGUCACCGGCAGUCGUACUACCGCACCCGCCACCACAAGGUCAGCGCGCCCCCCGACCUCCACGGCGAGUCCCCGAGCACUCUGGUCCCGCAGCCGUCCAUCCUCGCGACCCUGAUGCAGAGUGACGGGGCCGGCGGCGACGUCGAGGCAACAGCCGCCGAAGGAGUGUUGGACCCAGGAUGGUCGCCCCAUUCUAUCUACAGGAAAAGGGGGCCCGGCCAUGAUUCUAAUCCUGAGGCAUCCUUGCCAUCCUACGCCUCCCGUCCAUCUUACUCAGCCAACGCGUCCUCCAGGCCUCGCCGCCCUCCCCCUACCCUCCCUGCCCCCUACUGGAUGACGUCAGCGGAGGAGAUCCCCCAGGCCACCCGGCUCCCUUCACUCCCCUCCCUUCCUGCGCAUCCUACGCCUUCGAAACCAAUCUUAGACAAUGCCCAGGACACUUUAGGACACCCGCAGGACAUGAUCAAUCACCAGCCUCAGGAUUUCUUCGGAGGUCCUUGAAAUUGGGAAUCGGAGAGUGAUUUGAUUUUUGGAACUGUGGUUUCAUCUUCAUGCUUAUUUUUGUUCUUUUUGUGAGACUGAAGGACGUCUAUAAAUGAUAGUGACAAACAAUUUAUAUAUGUGAUAAAAUAAACAUACUGAUUUUGACAAAUGAAAGUGCUUUGUGAUAGAUAUUUCUGAAAUGUUUUAUGGCAUUGAAUAUUAUAUACGUAUAAGCAAAAUGAUAAAUGUGAAAAGUAUGAAAUCCGCAUGUCAUUCAUAGAAUAAUUUGCGAGGGAAAUAGACACUGAAUGUGUUCAAAGAGAGACUUUAGAAAUCAGAAAUUCUAGCAUGUUUGAAGUGCGCUUCUCGUAAAUUUAUUUUUGUCUCGCAAUAUUUCGAAUGUGAAUCACAACACUCUAUAGACACAUACAAUAAUAGAGAAAAAGAGAGAUAAACAUCACAAAUUAGAUAAACGUCACAUCGAUAGACCACCAGCGAGAUGUGAUUACGCGUUAGUUAGUACACGCAGAUCUAAGCAGCGGGCACGUACGGGAACCUAUAUCUCUCUGGCUUGCGACAGAACAUCCGAGGCAGAAAUUAAACACAGAUACGCCGAGGGAUAACAACUUCCAUUGCUUUUGAAGCCGCGGGGAUCUAUUCAAACUGUAGUGGAUGAGAAAUGUCGCCGGGCCUUCCUCGAUCCUGAUGAAACUGGCCGGAUAAGGAAAAGGGAAAGAGCUCGCUGUUUGAAGGGGGACUCAUUAGGCGUUUGCCAAGGCGACGCCUGCGGCCUCCUCGUCUUCCGUUGGCAUUUGAUGGUAUCAGGCUUGUUAAUCUUUUAUGGUAUCAGGCUUGUUAAUAAAGGUAUCAGAGGAGUUA